AUGGCCUACGCAAGUCUCGCCCCCUUCGUCCUCAAGCGGCCGUGGCUGCACUCGGCCCUCAAGCCCCUGGCCAACUGGUACGCCAACGCCGCCGGCUACCGCCAGAUGGGUCUCCUCGCCGACGACCUCAUCAGCGAGGAGGACGAGACCGUCCUCAAGGCCCUCAAGCGCCUCCCGCCCCAGACCGCCUACGAGCGCACCUACCGCCUGCGCCGCGCCGUCCAGCUCUCCGUCCAGCACAAGCUGCUGCCCAAGAGCCAGUGGACCAAGCCCGAGCAGGACGUCCCCUACCUGCAGCCCCUCAUCGAGGAGCUCAAGGCCGCCGACCGCGAGGCCGAGAACCUCGACUCCAUGACCGUCAUCAAGAGCCACUAA